CUGGUGGCGUUGUUUAUAAAAUCCAACGUGUCCCCUCCACCCAAUGCUAACUCAAUCUCAAUUCUAACGGUAUCGUCUCCUUCAGACAUCCCUGUGCAAUCGUGUGCGACGCAUUUACCAGACCUGUAAUCCAUUUAUUUUCAUUCCCCUUUGAAUUGAGUUUUUUUAAAAAAAAAGAAACAAGUGGAACGCGCGCACUUAACUGUCUCCGAACCAGUGGUCAAGAUGGCCGAACAUGACUCGCCGGCUUCCGCCACUGAAGCCCCAAUUUUCCAGGGGCAAUCAUUCGCUGUUUCAUUCACCGACGAAAUAAUCAAGAGUCCUAUUAACUUAAUUCUCGUUGGUGUCAUAGCAUUUCUCGUUUACAAGAUAUUCAAGAGCAAAACGAGGGACGAGACACCGGCACCAGCGUACAAGGAAUUACCCAGGAUCAGGCGUGAUUUUACUGUUGAGGAGUUGAAGAAAUAUGAUGGAAAAGGACCUGAUGAGAGAAUUCUUGUGGCUGUUAAUGGCAGUGUCUACGAUGUCACGAGGGGCAGGAGAUUCUAUGGCCCAGAUGGACCUUACGCAGCCUUCGGUGGACGAGAUGCUAGUAGGGGACUUGCGACUUUUUCAGUGGUUCCUGGUAAAGAUGAGUACGAUGACUUGAGUGAUCUUAAUACCACGGAGAUGAAUUCCAUUCUCGAGUGGGAAGAGCAAUUCAAAGAGCGUUAUGACUACGUAGGAAAAUUAUUGAAGCCAGGGGAGGCACCGACAAACUACUCCGACGAAGAAGAUGAAGGCAGUCAGCAAGAGUCAGAGGCAAAGUCCAAGGACGAUUGACCGCACUGGGGCGCAUUAACAACAAAAUUUUCACUAAACACUCAGCGCACAUUAUUGUUAAAGACAACUCCAACGUUGACAUUCUCUAUGAAACAUUUUAAUGUGCUGUUAUGGUCAUCGCGUGUCUGACAUCAAGAAAAACAUCUCUCAAAUCAUGCAAAGAGUACAUAAAAAUCGAGAAGCAAUUGAUGAGGAAAAAAGGAUUGAGACUGGCUAUAUGAUUCGUUAGAGACUUGAGUUGAGUGACUACAUGUUUACUGGAAAAAAUCUCUAAAUAUUUGAAAAAUGAUUUUUAUAUAUGUACAAAGAACGGUUUUCUACCUAUCGAAUGAAUUAGACACUCUUAGGUUUUGUUAGUACUUCGAAUUCAGUGGAGGAGUGGUAAAACGUAAACAAGAUCGAGAAUGCACACCUUAUUAAAUAUUUAAUUAACUCGAUAAUCAGUGGUACUAGAGGGAAAUGAUUUUCUUGGAUCACUGGUUCUCAAGAUAAAUGCGUAAUUCAAAAUGUAAUUUUGAUAUUUUAUGGGUUGCCACUUGGCUAGUGGAUUAAAGGGAAUAUUUUAUCUAUUGAGACCCCACUGGGCUAUGGCUCACGAUUUCCUGUUUCGUCUUUCAUGCUCUUGUUAUUAUCGUAGUUUCAACUUGUUUUUGUUUUGAAUGAAAAAAAUAAUAGGAAAAUCAGUGAAAUGAAAUGUAGAUUGACCUGUUUGUUGAAUUUAUUUCUCUCAAUGUUGCACAUUGUGAAAACACAGCAUGAGUAAUACCUAGGGUGAGAAAUAUUGUACGUUGAUGAUGAAUAUUUUAUAGUCAUGCCAAUUGUUCGUAUGAAAAUUUUCGAUAAGAUUUCGCCUAUCAAUUUAUCUGAUAUUUACAACGCAAUAUCAGGAUAAUGGGAUUCCAAGGUGGAAUUAUUUUUCCAAUGCCAAUGGAGAAAUGAAAAUUUAUCUUGUUUGUGGCAGUGAAAUUGUAAAAGCCAUGUGUCUUCGAACUCUGAUAAUUCCCUAUGCGAAUGUACAUUUCCAGAGUUUUUCAUGAUUCGUGGGAGUUUUCAAAUAACUCCAACUUAUUUUUUUUUUAAUUUUUACAUUCAAUCAGAAUAAAAUAAAUUAUGAUAACGUUUAUAGCGAGA